AUGUCUACUUCAAGCAGCAAUGAAGAUAUCCACAAGUUUUAUGAAUAUCAACGUGCGCGUUUGAACAUAGUUGCUGACUAUUAUGAAAACCUCGCGGAACAAUUAAGGAAGGCAGACGCAUUAACGCUGAUAAAACAAUUACAGAAUCGUAAUUUUUCAGAACUCCAAGUACCACAAUUAGCGACACAACAUGAAUACACUCAACAAAAUGUAGAAGAAAAUCAGAUUAAUAAAGAAUUUGAAGUAGAGGAUAUCAAAAAAGGAACAAUAGUACUUCAGCCAACAGAAAACGGUCAAACUUUUCAUCCUAUUCCUAAACAUGAAGAUGAUGACCGAUUUGAUUUAACGAGUGUUGAUAAAAACCAGCAAAUGAACUGUGUUAAAACUGAAGAAAUACAAGAAAAUAACGUUAAUUUGCAAGUCCUUCCCGUUAUUCCUGGACUGCAAACACUUUUGAAUGACGUAACCUUUGAUCAAUACAACGUACCGAUGAGUGAUUGCAGAACACAAUGA